AUGUCUUCCAUGGCGCGGCGACUCUCCGUCACCGACGCGACUGACGCAGCGGACGAGAACCGUCUCGCUGACUGGGGCUACAAACAAGAGCUGAAAAGAGACUGGAGUGUGUUGCAAAACUUCGGAGUCUCCUUUAGUAUUAUUAGUGUUGUAACAGGUCUUACAACCCUAUUCAGCUAUGGCUUGACAACUGGCGGUCCUGCCGUAAUGGCAUCGGGCUGGAUUUGCGUCUCCUUUUUCACCCUCUUCGUCGGCCUCUCCAUGGCUGAAAUCGUGUCCGCGAUUCCCACCUCCGGGGGCCCUUAUUUCUGGGCCGCGAAACUCGCUCCCGACCACCUCGCCCCUUUCUUCUCGUGGGUGACGGGCUGGUUUAACUUCGUCGGCCAGUUCGCCGUGACGACCGGGAUAUCCUUCGGACUGGCCGGGUUGAUCAGCACGGCCGCGACGGUGAAGACUAGUUACGAGCCGACGCCCGCGAAGGUGAUCGGGAUCUACGCGGCGAUUCUAGUCAGCCAUGGGCUGGUGAAUAGCUUCGGGGUGCACGCCUUGCGGUAUCUGAACAAUGCGAGUAUCGUUUUGCAUAGCUUGGGCGUUGGGGCGCUGGCGAUCGCCAUCCUGAGCAAGGCGCCCACGCAUCGAAGUGCGAGCGAGGUUUUCGGGCACUUCUACGAUGGAACCGGUGAUCCGGGCUGGUCUGAACGCGCUUCGCCCGCGUAUGUUGCGAUCACUGGAGUUUUGAUGAGCCAGUUUACGAUUACAGGGUUCGACGCCUCCGCGCACUUGAGCGAAGAGACUCACGAUGCCUCUUGGGCGGCCCCAAUCGGCGUCAUCAUGUCCAUCGCCUGCUCCUCCAUCUUCGGCUUCUUCUACAUGCUCAGCCUCCUCUUUUCCAUCCAGGACUUCGAUCGCACCAUCAAUUCGGACUACGAGCAGCCCGUGCUCCAGAUUUUAGUGGACGUAUUCGGGGAAAACGGCGCCCUGGUGCUCAUGACGCUGAUCAUGGUGUGCGUCUGGCAUUGCGGCCUCUUCUCCAUCACCUCUAACUCCCGCAUGAUGUUCGCCUUCAGCCGGGACGGUGCGUUGCCGCAUUUCUUCGACCACGUCCACCCGACGCUGAAGAGCCCGAUCCGGACGAUUUGGCUGGCGGCAACCCUGUCCUUCAUCCUCGCGUUGCCGAGUCUGGGAUCCAGCGUCGCGUACGCAGCCGCUACGAGCAUCGCUACCAUCGGAUUGUAUAUCAGCUACGCGAUCCCGGUCUUGAUCGCAAUUAUCUGGCCCAAAAAGUUCAAAUCGAUGAAGGGUCCGUUCGACUUGAAAGUCUUCUCGUGGCCAGUAGGAUUCAUUGCGUGUCUUUGGGUCGCAUUCAUCACCAUCGUGUUCUGUCUCCCAACUCUCAACCCGGUUGAUAGUCAGUCAUUGAACUACACUCCGGUUGCUGUGGGAAUUGUCAUUCUAUUCACGUUUGCUACCUGGUUUUUAUGGGCCCAUCGCUGGUUUACAGGGCCGAUUAACCAGAUCGAGCUUGAGCAGGCGGGCGUAAGCCUUGAAGCACAAGCGUUGGAGGAGCAUGCGGCCGAUGUGACGAAGAAGGCAGAAUAG